UUCGAUGCGACCAUGCGGGGUGCCACCCGGCUCUGGGUCCUGCUGCUCCUGGUGACGGCGUCCGACGGUGCCGUGAUCACCGGGGCCUGUGAGCGGGAUGCCCAGUGCGGGCCGGGCACCUGCUGUGCCGUCAGCCUGUGGCUCCGAGGCGUGCGGCUGUGCACCCCGCUGGGGCGGGAAGGAGCGGCGUGCCACCCUGGCAGCCACAAGGUCCCCUUCUCCGGGAGACGCCAGCACCACGCCUGCCCCUGCCGGCCCGCCCUGCUGUGCUCCCGGCGCGCCCCCGGCAGGCACCGCUGCUCCCCGGACCUGAAGCACUUCCACCUCUAG